UCCCUUUGUCAUUUACCAUUCUUGUUCUGAAGAUUUCCAGAAUUGAGCUAAAUUCAAAAAUAUUUAUUAAGCAUUUAAAAAAAAUUCUCAGCAUUAUGGAAAACAAAGAAACGAAAGAAUUUUUUGUUUUAGAUUUGGAUGAAGGGAAUAUUCAAGAAAUGUUCAAAUCAAAUCAAAAUUUAUACCAUAAAACUCGUUCUUUAUACAGGAAACUUGUCCACAAUCUAUUUAAUUCGGGUAAAGUAAGCGUAGUACAUAAAAAUGCAAAUUUAAUAGAAGAAACUUAUCAUCAAAAAGAAAUACCCGAUGGAACAACUAUCGAGAAAGUAGUUAAUAUAAUAAAGGAAAGUGAUUUUGAAGAUAAAGCGCAAGUAUCUUUCUAUGAUAUAGAAGAAAAAAGAGAUAAUCUUAUACCGUUAUACGGUGUAGAGAAUAUCUUUGUUCAAUGUAAACAAUGUGGCGAAAUAUUCUGUGAUGCUAGGGAACUGUUUAGUCAAAACAGAACUAGAGUUAAAGUAAAAUUUGAUGGUAGAGAGAUAUACAGACAUUUAUGCAAAUUUUGUAAUGAAAUAUUCGACAGAAAACUGAAAACGGAAAAACAUAUGCUACAACACAUAAUUGCCAAACAAAUUAAGUGCAAAAAGUGUUCUUUAGAAAAGAUACCAGAAGAGGUUGUCGUCAAGAAACAACCGAUUUGCAUGAAUUCCAAGAUUCCCGCUCCAUCUUUAAUAGCUGUUCAUUGUGAAAAAUGCAGGCAAUUGUUUUGUCGAGGAGACGAAAUUAUCGAAAAAUAUAUUACAUACAAAGUUUUUAGAGACAUCGAUCCCGAAAAUAUUAAAGAGAUUACGAUUGGUUGGAAGUGUGGAAUUUGUGACGCAUUUUUACGUCAUAUAAAAGGAAGAAGUCAAUUAGACGUGCAUGAACAUUUAUGGAUGCACAUGAUAAAUGAAGACAUAACCUGUGAUAAAUGCAUUAAUAUAAACAUAAAUCAAAAGUAAUUGUAACAAAUAAAUAAAAUAUUAAAUUAUCAAAGAACAUUGUACAAUUUUUUACUCGUCAAUAUCUUUGUUUAUCAACUCUCUCCCUCUUGUGGACACUAACAGGGCCUUUUAGCAACCCCAUUAAAGAUUCAGCUAGGCCCUUAAUGUGGCCGAUGGCGGGGUUAGGUACAGUAUGCCUCAUCAAACUGAUUGGAUUGUUUACGUGGUUCGAUUUACAAACAGAAAAAACAUAAUUUUUAUUUAUACAU